UUACUUCGGAACUCGACCCUACCUGACAAGUCCUGUGCAUGCGCUAGCGUCCUCAUCAACGCCGCCAUGUCUCAUGCAACAAAAAGGGUUUCCAUCAUCUCCAUCUCGGAUCGGAUGCAGAUAUCUGCGCCUAAACCCAAAGCACGGUUUGGGCGUAGACACUUGCAGAUCCUUUUGAUGGCUCUGGGUUUCUUCUGUUGCUAUGCCAUUAGAGUAACCACAUCGGUGACGUUAGAAGCAAUGACCAAUGCUGCCAUAGCAAAUCCUGAUUUCAUAGAAUUCUCAUGGGAUGAUUCUACUAAAGACGUAAUUCAAAGUUCUUUCUUUUGGGGAUACGUGUGCACGCAAAUUAUUGGCAGCAUAGUGGCACAACGUUGGGGAGCUCAUAAACUUUUCUCGUUGGCGCAAUUCAUGUGUGGCUUUGUAACACUCUUAAUUCCACUACUUGCUCAAUACUGUGGAUGGGAAGCGGUCUGUGUUACUAGAGUAAUCGCCGGUUUAUUUCAAGGCACGGUUCUUCCGUGUAUUCACACGUUACUCUCGAAAUGGGUACCUAUAGAAGAAAGAGGGACGAUGUCGACCUUUGUUUAUGCCGGAGGCUGGAUCGGGAACGUUAUUUGUUUAUUAAGUACGGGUCUACUGCCAGCUUCUUCCUUGGGGUGGCCUAGCUGCUUCUACAUUUGGGGUGCUAUAACCGUAACUUCCAGCAUGUUGUUUUUCACUGUUGGUAAAGAAUCACCAGCUGAACAUCCACAUAUAGCACAAGAUGAAAAAGAAUACAUUGAAGGCAGUCUCGGAAUAAUAGAAACAGAUCAGAAAUUAUCAACUCCUUGGGCAAAAAUAUUAACUAGUGGUCCGAUGUGGGCAUUAAUGGCCACUCAAUCAGCUCAUACUUGGGGCUUUUGGCUGCUUUUGACAAAGAUUCCUUCGUAUUUCACAUCAGUCUUCCAUUCCAAGAUUCAAAAGAAUGGAAUGAUGAGCGCACUACCAUACCUCGUAGCAUGGCUGUUUAGUUUUCCAAUAAGCUAUGUAUCAGAUUUUCUCAUCAAACGAAAGGUCUUAACCGUUCAAGCAUCAAGAAAGAUUUGUAAUACGAUCGGUGAAUGGGUUCCAGCAAUUGCAUUACUUGGUUUUGGAUACAUUAGCAAAGAACAAGACACUGUAGCAGAAGCAAUUUUGAUAAUUGCUGUAGCUAGCAAUAUUGCCAUUUAUUGUGGACACAAUGUCAAUCAUAUGGAUCUUAGUCCAAACUUUGCUGGUCCUUUAAUGGGUAUUACAAAUACUGUGGCAAAUAUCUGUAGUAUUUUGGCACCACUGGUUGCCAGUGUCAUGGUCAAAGAUCCGUCUGAUGUUACGGAAUGGAGAAGUAUAUUCUUUUUAACAUCUGGAAUAUAUUUCGUUGGGAAUUUAAUUUUUAUUAUCUUUGGUACAUGUAAAAUUCAAACAUGGAAUGAUCCAGUAACAGAAAAACAAGAUAUCACCAUGAAUUCUGUAAAUGUAUCAACAGUGGAAAAUGGAUAUACACAAAAACCAAAGUAUACAAAGAAGAUAGAUUUAGAAAAAGAGUUAUGAUA